GGUCAAGCACUGGCGGUGGAUGCUGGGCGGGAUGCGACAGCCGGAGCAGAUCAACACCUACAACCCCUGAGACUUGUUCUUUUCACCGGACCAAUGUCCAUGGUAUAAAGAGCGAUAAAGCUUCUCAAGAAUGUAGCGGAACAGUGUGAACCAAUUCACACCUGUUUGAAUACCUAUUAUUGAAUGAUGGUUUAUUUCUAAAGUUACCUAGAGCACCCUUGUAGCCGGGAAUAAACCAGAUUGAGGCUACAUAUUAGAAAAAUUGAUUCCGGUCAGAAGCCAAGUUUGAUCAUGAGAUUGGUGGAAUAUCAAAAAUCAAGCAAAAAGAGAGGGUCCAAAACGCUUUUGGUCAAAACACCUUGUUCCCUAGUGCGCCCUGUACCCAGCCCUCAUCUCAUUUUCUCGCCCGCUGAUGCGUCCAAUUCUUUAUCUUAUCUUAUCUUAGCCAUGUGUGGGGGGGGGGGGACCGAUUCCAUCAUCAUCAUUCAUUCCCGUAUUUUACCGCCGCGUGCGUGCUCCUGCCUGUCUCAUGUGCGUGUGUCCACAGGGCCCCCCCCCUUUCUAAUCUAUUCCCUUUUUCUUUUGUUCUAUCCUAUUCUAUUCUCUAUCCUACCUGCUCUCCUAUUUCCACGUAGUAGUCGUGUCGUUGUAGUCGUUACGAUGGUACAGUAGUACAUAUAUAUUUACUUUUUCUUCAGAUAACCUCUAUCACAAGAG